GAGAGGAUUUGCAGCUGGCUGGAGGCGCCGCGGUGUCUCCCCUCCCCCUCCACUUCUUUUGUUUGGGUCGCACCCGGAUCCACGCGUGUUUUGUUUGGGGGGGGGCCGCGCUCCCCGGAUCCACGAGCGUUUUGCUCCGUCCCCCCCUUCCAGGGUUUUUUUUUUUUUUUGAAGGGCGCUUUGUUUGGGCGGCACGCCCGGAUCCACGCGUGUUUCCGGAUCCACGCGUGUUUUUUUUUCCUUCCUUUCUUUCUCUCUCCUGGGUGGCUCGCCAUGGCCAACUCCGGGCUGCAGCUGCUGGGCUUCGUGCUGGCCCUGCUGGGCUGGGUGGCGCUGAUCGCGGCCACCAUCCUGCCUCAGUGGCGCAUGUCGUCCUACGCCGGGGACAACAUCAUCACGUCCGUGGCGGUCUACCAGGGGCUGUGGAUGUCCUGCGCCUGGCAGAGCACGGGGCAGAUCCAGUGCAAAGCCUACGACUCCAUCCUCAACCUCAGCUCUGCUCUCCAGGCCACGCGGGCGCUCAUGGUGGUCUCCAUCGUGAUGGGCGUCGUGGGCAUUGGCGUCGCCUCCAUGGGCAUGAAGUGCACCCGCUGCGGGGGGGACAACAAGGUGCAGAAGGCGCGCAUCGCCAUGACCGGGGGGCUCGUCUUCGUGGUGGGCGGUUUAGCGGCGCUGAUCGCCUGUUCCUGGUACGGAAACCAGAUCGUGCAAGAUUUCUACAACGUCACGGUACCUAUGAACGCCAAGUAUGAGUUUGGAUCGGCGAUCUUCAUCGGCUGGGCUGGCUCGGCCCUGGUGCUGCUGGGCGGGGGUCUCCUGUCCUGCUCCUGCCCUGGGAAAUCGGGGUACAACCAGCAGUACCCCAAGAGCAAAGCCGCUUCCCGGCCCCCCACCAACAAGGAAUACGUCUAGUGCCCUGAUCGGAGGCCAGCUCUGCGGCCCGGACCCCUUUCUGCCGUCACUAUCCCGGCGCCGGCAAAGGGGGUUAACCCCUUGCAUGGGGGGGGGUACCCCCACUUAGGAAUAUCGGGGUGCUCCCGAACUCCGCGCAGAUGGUUUUAAAAGCAUCCAUGCCCAUUUGAGAUUUCGGUUUUUCUACCUUCCCACGUUUUUGGGGGCACAGGGAGGAUUUUUGGGGGUGCCGUGUGC